AGAAUCAAUGAGUGAAGCAGAUCUAUGCCAACUCAUUCAACGUUUCAAGAGGUUGCGCAUCUUGGAUCUGCAUGCCAUGACGGUCAAGAAGGUGCCAAGGUCCAUUGGUAAGUUGAAGCAUCUCACAUAUCUCAAUCUCUCUCACAAUACAACACUCAAAAGGCUUCCCAACUCCAUUACGAGAUUGCAAAAUUUGCAAACGCUUAAUCUCUCCGGUUGUAAUUCCCUUGAAGAAUUGCCAAAGGGCAUAAGGAAGUUAGUGAGCCUUCGGAAUCUAGACUUAGAUGGUUGUAAGCAACUUAGUUGUGUGCCGCGCGGACUAGGGCAAUUGAGUUCUCUGCAUAGGCUAACGCGCUUCAUUUUGCCCAAAGAUAAAGCUCUUCGUAAGAAUUAUUGCGGACUUGGGGAGCUAAAUGGGCUUAACAACAUUCGGGGAAGCCUUUGCAUUGAAAAUCUGGGAAGCGUGACAGAUGCAAUAGCGGAAUCCACGGCCGCGAACUUGAUAGAGAAGUGGUAUUUGAAAUCUUUGGCACUUGAGUGGGGCAAUUUUGAUGUUGAUGACGCGAUAAUCAAGGAUAGAGACGAGACGCUGUUAGAUGGACUGCAGCCGCACUCUAAUCUACAGAAGUUGAGCAUCGAUGGAUAUAAAGGUGAGAGGUUUCCAAGGUGGAUGUUGAAUAAUAGCCUUGUGUCUUCCUUGCCAAAUUUAGUUGAGUUACGCUUACGCGGAUGCACAAGAUGGAGACGGCUCCCUCAAUUAGGCCAACUACCUUGCCUCCGGACUUUAGAGAUUUAUGGGAUGAGUGAAUUGGAGUGCAUCGAGUCGGACCAUUCAUUCACUUCAACAACGACAUCAUUUCCUAGUCUAUUGAAAUUAGACAUCGAUGGCUGUGAGAAAUUGGAAGCCAUGCCACGAACUCCACAUCUUGAGGAGUUUAGUCCGAGCGAGGCCAACCCGGGCGUUGAUAAAUCGAUAGUUGGCCUUAACAAGUUGAAGAUUCUGGAAAUCUACGACAUGGAGCUUCUAGAAUGUUUGCCUGAGGAGUGUUUGAAAAGUCUCACCUCACUCGAAGGGCUUAGCAUCAAGGAUUGUCCUCGGUUGACUUCCGUCUCAUCACUCGGAAUGAGACAUCUAUCCAGCCUCGUGCAUCUCGAUAUUUGGGAUUGCGAGGAACUGGAUUUAUCGAAAGAAGAAAGCGACAACAUCAUCAUCUUGGAUGGAGGCCUUCUUCACGGUCUCCGCUCCGUGUACCUCGGUGGACUUCCAAAACUAGAAUCUCUCCCGCAGUGGCUUCUACAGGCCAGCAAUCUUGAGCGUCUCCAGAUUUGGGAUUGCGACAAAUUGAAGGAAUUACCAGAGCAGAUCGGGGACCUUUAAUCACUUCAACGGCUUGACAUCAUAGGGUGCCCCUCGCUGACGUCAUUACCCGAAGGGAUGCGAAGGCUGGCAUCCCUUACUCACCUAGGAAUCUACUAUUGCCCAGAAUUGGAGGGGAGGUGUGAGAAAUAUGCA